CCGCUGGCUGAUGUUGCACAGUCACCAGGACCGGGAAGAUGUGCUAUUUCUAGGUGAACUUCUCUUGACAUCAUCAUUGCCAUCACCCGUGGAUCUGCUUUACUCACAAUUUGAUUGUGACUGCUCUGGCGUGGCAAUUAGUCCGAAUUUCGCCGCAAGGAACAAAGAGUUAAUAGAGAGCGGGAGAGAGAGAAGUCGAGUGCUCUGGAGGGGUAAAAGUUGAAAAUAAAAGUGGAGCCAGUGUUUACAUGGGUUUCUUGCUGGGAACAACGGCUCUGCUCCGACUGGACAAAAGUGCAGUGAACUUAGGGGAUAUUGGCAAACUUAGCCAAUGGAUCGACAUCCAACCUUGAUGGCUGUGUGGCUGCAGUUGGAAUUAUGUGUUAUCAGCAUACUGUUUACCAAAGGUGAAAUCAGAUGUUACUGUGAUGGGCCGCAGUGUGUGGCAACAGGCUACAUGUGUAAGUCCCAGCUCUCUGCCUGCUUUACCAGACAACUGGACCCUCAGAAUGCCAAUUCUCCCCUACUACAUGGCUGUACAGACACUUUCUCAAAUACAACAGAGAUCUGCCAUGCACAAAAUUAUAACCACCACAAAGGACACUGGUCACUCUUGGAAUGCUGUUGGGAAGAUAUGUGUAAUUAUAAAGGGUUACAGGAAGUUUUGCUGCAUUCUGGGAGUAGAAUGUCAGAUCAAGGAGCCAAGAAGCAGCGGAACUCAGGGAACAUGAACCUGGCCUACCAGCAGAAAGCCAAUACCAAGGAGAUCUGGUUUAGGGCAGCGGUCAUAGCUGUGUGCAUUGCAGGCGCAUUCAUCCUGGUGCUGUUGGUGGUGCUCGCCCUCCGCAUGCUGCGCAGCGAGAAUGAGCGGCUACAGCGGCAACACGAGCAGAUGAUCUCACGGCUACACUACAGCUUCCAGGAGCCUCCCUCAGAAAAAGUCCUGGUGGGCAACUUGGACUUUGAGUCCACAGUGACAAUUGCCAGAGACCAUGAAAACUGCUGUAUGGUGCAUAAUCAGCAACAACAUUUCGAUCCUUACUGAGAAGCUUGGCUCACUUUUUCCUUGGGAUGUUUACAGUGGGCACAAGAAGCCAACAAUAGUGUGAUUAUGGGCAUUCCUACUUAACCAUUAAUUUCUGUGGUAAAUCCCAAUUAGCCAUGCGAGUUAAAAACUUAACUCUUAUUUUAAUUAAAGUGUAGUAAUGAUUAAUAAUGAAAUAACUGGCAACACUGUAGUUUAUGAUUUGUUUUGGUGCCAAUUUCUGUUGCUUUUGGUACCUGGCAUGGUAUUACUUGGCACUGUUUAAUUUGUAUGAAUCCUUGGUGGGGUGUAGAAUGCAAUGCUUUUCUUUGAUGUAGGCUCCAAUGAGACCCUGCUGAACUAAUAUUUCUAUACUGAGGGAUGUGCAUGUCGGGCUUAUUUACAGAUAAACACAUGCUGAAUGAUAAUUGUAUUGUAGCAUAAAAUCUAAUUACAAUUUUGAUAAUACACUACAAAUAGUGCUAUUUUGGUACUUUUAUCUGAAGCUAUAUGAUGUUUUCUGCCUGUGUGGUAACCUUCACCUCACUCUUGGAAUUUAAAUGUCAUGAAGUACUGAAGAACUAUGCCUCAUAGAUGCUCUGGAGAACAGAACGAGCUGAUGUGGCAAUGCCAUCAAAGGACAAUAUCAACCAACAGGAUGAAAUAUAAUUGUGAAAUUGCAUGUAGGCAUAGGAAGUGUCAGGAUAAAACAGGCGGAGGUUUGUCUAGAUAAUUUUAUAUCAUCCAGCUAUUUGGAAAAUAAUGAUUUUAGAGCUGAUACAAAAUAAAGCUCU